AUUGUACUUGCACUUAGUACACUAAGAUAACACAUUCGCAUAAGCACUCGCAGUUUCCACAAUCUUGUGACCACGUGUUCGCCCAUCGACCAAAUAUUUAAAGCGCUUAGCUAAACGGACUGCUAAAAGUCAACUUCGCUGAACCGAGUCCAGUGCCAAUUAAUACCGUUAACAAAAAAUGUUGGCUGCCUUGAGAAGUGCUCGAUUAAAACAAAGAAAACAGAACACUUAUCAAAUUUGCCCUCAUCCGCUAUUCACCUUCGCCAAACACACAGGAAUGAUUGAAGAAUUUCUGCAAACUGUACUGAAAUCUUACCUCAGUGAAGUGCAAGUAACACCGGCGGGAGUAAUCACACCUCCAUUCACACAGCUUCUGAACUCGAUAAAGGAUUCCAUUUGGACCAAGCAGCAACGUCUCUUCCCAAGACACAAGAUAAUUGUGCAUGGUAUAAUUGGAACAACUGGUGACAACGCGCCAACCGUCAAUUUUAAUACGCAUACUUUUACGUCCGCUGAGUGUGGUGAUGACUGCGUAAGCGUGAGUUUGAAAAACACUGCCUGCUUCGUUUCGGUUGUUGUGGCAGGCUUCGCAACGGACUGAACGCGGUGUACAUGGUCCUUGGUGUCCAUUGCAACAACGAGAUGACACAAUAAAUUGUUCAUAUUUAAACAUCU